CGGUAUACGGAAAAGAAAAGACGAGUGUGUUUCCACCCGGACUAACUUUGCUGCAGAACGCCGGUAAAUCUGAAAACACCAGCCGUGCCUUGCUAGGCAGCUCUGGGACCUGCUGUGUUUUACCUGGAGAGACGUUUAGUGUAAGAUGUCCGGGGCAUCAGAAGGAGCGGAGGCUAACUGGAUCCUGCGGCAUCCCGCGCUCCAGCAGAUGAAAGAGCUGCAGGUGGGGGACAGUGAGCAGAUCCACGCAGCUUUUCUAGUCUACAUGGAUCUGACUGAGGUGCGACGGUGGAAGGAGGUCUCCUGUGUGAAAAUUCCCGACCUGCAGGCGGUUCUGCUGGAGGCCCAGGAGAAGGAUGGGGGUCCGGUCCACACCGUCCUGCCGCUGCCAGUUCACCAAUCUCUGAGCCACAGGAGCAUCUGCCAGGCGCUGGACCGGGGCUUCCCUCUGCUGCUGUGUGCCGUGGCGUCCGACUCCACCCUGGUCUACCAGAGGAUGACCGAUGGGUUGGUGACCCCUGACCCCCCUGUUGGGCCCUUUGAGGAUGUGGGGCGGCGGCAGCGCCGGAAGAGGCGGCAGCAGCAGCAGCAGCAUUGAUCCCGCUCUGUGGCAGUGUGCUUCUCCUCUCCUGCUUGUGCAGCUCUACAGUUUGAAACUUCAGAGCAGUGCGGUCCUCGCAUCGUCGCUAUGGAUACGAGGGAGCUGUGUGAAACGUUCAAUAGUCACUUUUCAUUUUGUGACAGAAGUAAUUAUCCCACAUUGUCGUCAGCUUCCUCUUCCUUGGAGGUUUCAACUCCUCAAACUUCCCUUCAUGUGUCCAGCGCCCCCACAAGGGCUCAGGACAGGUGGGGAAAUCCGUUUCAAGUUUUAUUUCAAAUAUUAGUUUUUGUACUGAAAUAUUGCAUAUUUCACUAAAGGUAGAAUAAAUAUAAAAAGAUGACUUCCUGAGGAAACAUA